GCUAAACUGCAGAACUAGCAAGGAAAAAGAGCUGUGAUAUACAAUUGGGUGACCGCAAAUUCAUUCAUUCAUACAUUCAUUCACAAUUAAGAUGAACUUCCAAACAAAAAAACAUUCUUUGGAGUUGCAGGGUCCAAGGCCUGCACCUCUUAAAGUGAGCGAAAACUCCUCAAAGAUCAAGAAGUCGAAUCGAAGACGGUCUCCGGUUAUAAUAUAUCUCCAAUCUCCUAAGGUUAUUCACGUAAGACCUGAGGAGUUUAAGGGAAUAGUUCAACAACUUACUGGGAAUAACAAUCAAGCUGCACCAAGUAGAGUUGCUGCUACUGCUGCUGCUUCGGCUUCAACUUCUCAAUAUAAUUCUUACACUUCUACCUCUAGUGUAAUGGUGGAUGCUCAUGAUCAAAACAUGGGCAUGGGCAUGGGCAUGGGCAUGGGAAUCUCAAGCGCAGCCCAACGGACAUUUGAUUAUAGUACUGGGGUACUAGACUAUGGUGCUGCUGAUCCAGGUUUUGGAAUACCUACUACUUCCUCCAACUUUGCUGAAUAUCCUAGCUUCUAUAUGAACCUAGAUCAUUGUUAAAUGCAAAGGGAUUUGACCUAGAUUAGAUGCUGCUUUUGGGGUUUUUUUUUUUUUUUUUUUUUGCGCCCAUAUUUUUUUUUUUUUUUUGUAUUUUUUAUAGGAUAUACCUUGUAUUUUUUUUAGAUAGGAUUCUCAUAUGAUCCAAAUCUAAUUAGGAAAUUUCAUUAUCAAUUCAUUACAGCAAAUUCAAAUCUUCUGUUUUAUUUUUUGUAUUCCUUUAAACGAUAGACUGCAAUCUUGU